AUGGCGGCCAGAAAGUUCGUCUGCACUUUGUUCUUGUUUCACUUUCUUCUUGUGGCUCUACUAGAGAUCUGUUUGGCUGGAACUCCAGUCAAGUAUCUACCAGGAUUUAAGGGACCCUUACCCUUUGAGCUUGAAACCGGGUAUAUUGGUGUUGGCCAAUCUGAGGAAGUACAACUAUUCUACUACUUCAUAAAAUCAGAAUCACAGCCUAAAGUUGAUCCCCUUCUUCUUUGGCUAGUUGGAGGCCCUGGGGUUUCUGCUUUGUAUUCAAUUGCCUUUGAAAUAGGACCUAUUCGAUUUGAUGCUAGAGAGUAUAAUGGAAGUUUACCAACGCUUUCAUACCAUCCCUACGGAUACACAAAGGCAGCAAGUAUUAUAUUUUUAGAUUCACCAGUAGGAUCUGGAUUCUCCUAUGCAACAAAUCAGAAUGGAAAACAUUCAAAUCCUCUACUAGCCAGUGAACACAUAUACCAAUUUCUUCGGAAGUGGUUGAUUGAGAAUCCGAGUUACCAAUCAAAUGAUUUCUAUGUGGGAGGCGACUCAUAUGGGGGGAUUUUUGUGCCAAUCACCACUCAAUUGAUAUCGGACAGUAAGGCUCCGGAAUCCAAUGGUUCGACUAAUUCAAAUUCACCCAUAUAA